AUGAAGAAGAGCAGCAUCAGCAACAACCCUCUGCAGCUCAAGUCGUUGAAUCACAUCUCGGUGGCGUGCAGAUCGCUGGAGAGAUCUCUGGAAUUUUACCAGAACGUUUUGGGAUUCUUUCCCAUCAGGCGCCCUGGCUCCUUCAAUUUCGACGGUGCAUGGCUGUCGAAUUAUGGGAUUGGGAUCCAUCUUCUGCAAUGCGAUGACCUCGAGGAGGAGGACGUUCCUGCAGCAGGCAUCACCCGCAUUAAUCCCAAGGACAAUCACAUCUCUUUCCAGUGUGAGAGCAUGGCGGUGGCGGAGAAGAAGUUGAAGGAGAUGGAGGUGGAGUACGUGAAGAGUAGGGUGGAGGAAGGAGGAGUUUACGUGGAUCAACUCUUCUUCCACGACCCAGAUGGCCACAUGGUUGAAAUUUGCAACUGCGACAAUCUGCCGGUGGUUCCAUUGCUGCCGGCGGCGGCGGCGGCCGUGGUCGUUCGUGGUGGUGGCUGCAGAUCAUCGGAGUCCAACAUUCUGAGUCUCGGCCGGUCGUGUAGCACGCUGAAUUCAUCAACUUCAUCAUGA